AUGACUCGAUCUCAAUCAUUUAUAGAUUUACUAAGUACAAAUUUGGCUUAUCUAUUUCAUAAUUAUUUACUUGUUAAAAAUAAACAAACAUGUGCACAUAAAUUAUUUUCGGAUAAGACUUUAAAUUUAAUGAAAAAAGUUCGUAUUGAUACAAAUAAAUAUGGUCAUUUAUUAAGUUCAAACUUUUCUCAAGAAAUAAAUAAUAAUAAUAAUAUAAUAAAUAAAGAUCUUCCAUUGAAGAAAAAAUCGAAAAAAGUAAGAAUACACCGAGAAAAGAAACCACAAUCAAAUACAAUGAUUCCUAUACAAUCAAGUGUACCAAGAAUAGACUAUCAUCAAUCAUCUAUGAUUAGUCGUGUGUCAUCUUCUACUUCAUCAGUAUUAUCUGACAUACAAAUUCUUGAGCAAAACAAUCACUCAAUAGAUUCUACUUUAUAUGUAUCAGAUCAAUGUCGAGAAAAAAUGCAAUUUCUAUAUAAUAUGGGUCCAAUAGUGAAUAAAAAAUACAUCAAUACAAAAUACUUAUCAAAUGAAUUAGAUGCAAUAAAAAGUCAUCAGUAUAAAAAAAUAAAUGAAUAUUCUAAAAAUUUAAAACCUGAACAACUCUUUCGUUGUCCAAAAGAUUCAAGAUCAAAACGACGAAAAUGUUGUGGAGUAUAUUAUGAAUUAUUCAAUGACGUAUUACGUUUACUCGAACAAUGGUUUACGAUAACAUAA